CGACUAUGUUGGGUGCACGAGUCUCAUGGUAACGUGAGCAGCAGGAUAUAUCACCUGUACACCAAGGAAUGAAAUGAGAGAACAUCAGUCGACGGAGAAAGACUUAAUGACAAAGACAACGUGUUAUUGGCAGUAACUUGGCCACUGCUUGUAAAGGCAUAAAGGCUUCGUCUGCUACAGUUACUGUAGCUGGAAGGUUCCCACAACGACCCAUACGCGUCCCGAAACAUGUGUCAGCACUUAUAACCAACUGGCAUCAACACAACUAUCGGUUCUCAUCUAGCCACGACUCUUUAGUGUUUGACUUAUAAACAAUAUGUUGUUGGCUAACAUUGCCAGUCAGUAAGACUAUCAAUUGUCUGCCCGACUUCUUCUGGAACAAGUUACGAAUCGUGUUCGAUAAAAGUCUCUCUUACAAAUGUCAUCGUCUUGAAGUGUUUCCCUCAUCAGGACUUCCAUUUCCUAUCACAAACUUCCUAAUUAUUAUUAUUAUAAUCAAAAAAGAAGCGCUAAGCCACAAGGGCUAUACAGCACAAACUUCCUAAGGGAGAGGUAGGAUCACUUCUCUCAACAUCAAUUACCUCCGACUAGCCCCCCUUUUCUCCACCCAAAGUCAAUCUACGCCAAAUAUCGUCUAUCCUCACCAAGGACCACAGACUCAGCCUAGGAUCUGCUGCCUUGGAGCAAUAUCAUCCAAUGCCAGCUAGCGCCCCUCACCCCCGCUCAUAACCAAGUUUGGUCCAGCAGGAUCAUCUGGGAAUCACACCUGCCCCAGCCCACCCAGCGCCUACCGACAUCUGGGCGGAGAGGCCAAGGUGCGGUGGGCGGGGAUGAUAUGGGUGGGCGUGAGUGGGCAGGGGGCGUUGAUGGGCUGGUGGAGGCAGUAAGGAAGGGACACCCUCGCCACAUACAGCUCCUACUGGAAGCAGGAGUCCCCGUCGACGCUACUGACGAUUCAGGCUCGACAGCACUGGUAGCGGCUGUGCAGAGGACUCAGGACGCCCGCCUUCAGGAACGACUCUUAAGGUUACUGCUCAACGCUGGCGCUGACACCAACGUUGGUGAUGCCCAGGGCACCACACCUCUCAUGCACGCUGCCAUAAACAACGCCAACAACGCGGCUAUUAUUCUCCUCCAACACGAAGAAGUGGAUCCAGGAGUACAGGAUGAGGAUGGUAACUCGGCUCUGAUGUACGCUGCCGCCUUCGGACAUAGGGAAAUUGUCCUGCUCAUCCUCGCUGCUUUCAAACAACUCCAUCACGUCGCUUUCCAGGGUCAGCGCAACGGUCAGGGACUGACUGCUUGGCAGCUAGCGGAAAAGAACGGUCACCAAGACAUUGCAGCUCUUCUGAAGGUCGAGUCUGGUGUCUUCCCGAGACCCUCAGGACCUUCAGCCUUCGUACCCACCCACCCACUCGACCUAGACCGCCCACCCACACCCACUGAGACCAAGAGGGAAAGGUCGUCAGUUCGUCAUUCCAAGACUCUGGGGAGAGCCACAGUACCUGAGACAGGUCCAGGUCCCACAGAUCCCCUGCCGCCUCCUUCCUUCAUUACCUACUGCAGCGAUUGCAACAAAAUUGUUCCCCCGAGUAAACCACGCACAAGCAGAGUUGACGGCGAUGUCUCCUUGAAGAGAGAGAAAGGAAGGAGGUUCUGUGUUUGUAGUGACGAUCAGGAUUCCGAGGAAGAUAGCAGCACUUCGGAAGGACACGAAGCUAGCGAUAUCAGAGACUACCAGAGUAUCAGGACGCUAUCGUUGGAAGCAAGUGAUAAUCCAAAUUCGAAGGGUGUAAUAGGUCUCAUUACUGGUCCCAAGAGCAAAGGGGCAGCCCGGCACCAUAGCAGUCAUAACGUUAAAGGUGCAAUACUGCUGAGCAGUAGUCUUGCCAACAAGGGGCACAACAGCAGUCAUAAUAUCAGAGGUGCGAUAUUAUUGAGUAGUGGUCUUGCCAGCAAAGGUGAGACAGGGUUAAGUGGUGGAAGCACAAAUAAAAGUGAGACACUAGUGAGCAGUAGCCUCGUCAGUAAGGGUGCUACACGCCUGAACAGUAGCCUCACUAGCAAGGGUGCAACAGUACUGAACAGUACCCAUACAGGUAUUGUUAAAGGCACUACAAGAACCACUGGUGUUAUCCCACUAGAAGACGACACCGACUCUCUGUCGAAGGGUGUCACAGACGAAGACAGCGAUAGUUCCACCAAAAACUUGAAAGUCGACCGAAUCGGCUUCAGGAGCAUCCCCAACUGGACGAAGGACAUCGGUAACGGGGAGAAAAGCAGAUCUGACAAAGGGGCAGAGGCGGGACAAGAGACAACUUGGGGCAAAAGGCCCCAGCUGAGGAGUGAGCCAGUGAGAGUAGCAGCCCCGGACGCCGAGGAGAGGCGGCUGUUGGAGGAACUUAUGCAAGGUCUCUCUGUCUCCGGCAGCCCGGGUUCAGGUAAUGAGGCGGACACGGAGUCUCUGAUGGAAUGUGAGAAACAGCAAGUUAGCGACAGUGAGACUAAACUGGGAGCCAGGAUGAGUACCAGCAACGUCAGGAAGAUAACAGUGACAGCAGUGGCGACACAGCCCAUGCCCAAGAUUGAGCUCAGUUCCUCUACACGAUCUCUCAACCGCAGCAUCCAGCAUUUGAUGCAGGAAGACGCAGAGAACCGUCCAGAGCACAGGCCACCCACGCCCGCACGACCAUCACUUCCCACACUCAUGCCAGGGCGGUUAUUGGACGUGUCAUUCAGUGCGUCCAUGAGCAGCGUCAAGAGUGAAGGACGCAACGUUCCUCCUGCACGUAAAGCAAACUUUUCUGCAUUUCCUAGGUCGUCGUCGGAGCCAAGGUCACUAACAUCGUCUCCCAGACCUGACGAUGAUGACAACGACGAUGACGACGAACCUGAAGCAGACACUUCCACAGAUCUUUUAGACUCGUCCACACGAUCUGAGGGCUGGGAUCACUUACGGGGAGCCAAGGGUAGAGGCCCCUCGUUCAGUACUUCCGAAGGACACGUGGUACCUCUACCUCCCAUCAACCGCCCACGUUAUAAUGACAUGGGGCUACGUGGGCGUGGUAAUACUCGUGGGCGUAGUGGAGUCGCUGGGUGUGAGGAGAAUGUGCUCAGCGUGGCAAAGAAGACAUUAGAGCAACUGGAGACUGUGCUGGCGCCUAAAGAGACACCUGCAUUUCCCCGCAGCAUCCCUCGUACACGGGCCACACAUCAAAUACAUUUAGAGACGUAGCACAAGCCUCGUCGCCAGCGCCACCAGCACCCCACACCAGCCUCCACAACACAAACCAGCAAAUUGACACGGAAAAAUUCUCGCAAACAUCUUCCCAUGAACGAGUGACGAGCCUCACCUGGAGUUGUAAUGGGCGUCUCUGAGAUAUUGUACUUUAUGAAGUUUUACGCUCAUAUUGUAGUGAAUAAGAUUAGUAACUACAGCAAAUAAUGAUUACAGCUCCAUUUUUUCAAACUUGCAGAGUGAGAUUUUCAGAGAAAAUUCUAAGAAAAAAGAAAGGAAUUUUUUCAUAUUGGCUUGCUUUAGACAACUAAGUAAGAUGCUCCCUCGAGCAACAGUGCUAGUGAACAAAGUGAUCGCUUCUGCACAAUAUCUGGUGAACUGUGAAGGUACUCACUCCAGCACCAAUAUAGGUUAGCAGUGAACUAGGUGUUUAAUCGAGUACUUGCAAUGGUACGGACAACUCUUUUAUAUCGAUUCUGUGGACAUCAUGAAUUUUUUUCUAGGCCAAAAGUUGGAUGGUAAGACAGGCUUUGUGGCCUGAUUAUUUUAGGUGGGUUUUAAUGGAGUGUUUUUUUUGUCCUUCAAAGAUAUACAUGCAAAUAUAAAGCUUCAGUGUAGUGUGUGAUACGUCAUAUUAAAUUCUUGGUUUAAAUCAUUAUUCGUUUGACGUAUACACUCACUGGCCACUUUAUUAGGUACACCCUUCUUGUACUGGGUAGGGCUCCCCUUUGAUCGCAGAACAAACUGAAUUCUUUGUGGCAUAAAUUCAACAAGGUGCUGAAAAUAUUCCUUAAAAAUCUUGGUCUAUGUCGACAGGAUAGCAUCACGCUUAUGUUGCAGAUUUGUUGGCUGCACAUUCAUGCUGCAAAGCCUUCGUUUCAUCACAUCCCAAAAGUUUACUCCAGAUUCUAGUUCUAUUAUCAGCAUGUCGUAUUAGAAAUCGCGAUUCGUCGGACAACGCGACGUUUCUCCAUUCUUCAGCUUACCAGAUUUGGUGAUUCUUUGCUCACUGUAGCCUCGGUUUCUUGUUCUUUUCUGACAGGAGUGGAACCUGGUGUGGUCUUGUACUGCUGUAGGCCGUCCACUUUAAGGUUUGAUGUGUUAUGCAUUCUGAACUGUUCUGGCCAUUCUCUGACCUCUAUCCUUCGUAAGGUAUUUUCACCUACAGAACUACCGCUCACUGGAUGUUUUGUGUUUUUUCACACCAUUCUAUGUAAACUCCAGAGACUAUUGUGCAUGAAAAUCCUAAAAAAAAUAAAUAGUUUCUGAGAUCAUCAAACCCCCCCGUCUGGUACCAACAAUCAUUUCACAGUCAAUCAAUUGUCUCAUUUCUUCCCUAUUCUUAUGUUUGGUGUACAGGUAUACUUAAUAUAGUGGCC